AAUUUGUCUUUAGUUUGCCCCUCAAGCUCCUUGUUAUAUUGUCUAUGUCGACACCGCGUACAUGAAUUUCAUAAUAGUGGUUGCGGCAGUUCUUUCGUAGUGAUUAUUACCAAAUAGUGUAUAUAAAGAAGGAAAUACAUUAAGCAAAAUAUUCAAUUGCUAAAGAAUGGAAGAAUAUGCAAGAGAGCCAUGUCCUUGGAGAAUAAUAGAUGAUUGUGGUGGUGCAUUUACUAUGGGUGCAAUUGGUGGAGCUGUUUUUCAAAGUGUAAAGGGUUUUCGUAAUGCACCUAGUGGUAUUAACAGGCGUUUAAUAGGCAGUUUUAUGGCUAUCAAGCAACGUGCUCCAAUUAUAGCAGGAAAUUUUGCUAUAUGGGGUGGAGUAUUUUCUAUGAUCGAUUGCACAUUAGUUCAUUAUAGAAAAAAGGAAGAUCCUUGGAAUUCUAUAAUUAGUGGUGCAGCAACCGGUGGAAUUCUAGCUGCUAGGAGUGGACUGCCUACUAUGGCUGGCAGUGCUUUAAUUGGAGGAAUAUUACUUGCUUUGAUAGAAGGUGUAGGAAUAUUUUUCACAAGGCUUCAAGCAGAACAAUUUAAACCACCAGCGUUUGUAGAUGAUCCAUCACAUGUUGGUCCAAUGCCACAAGGAUAUCCUUCAUAAUAGGAAGGAAUAUGUUAGAUUUAUAAAAACUUAGCAUGAUAAUUGAAUAGCAAUGUUUAGUUAUUAUCAAAAUAGAGAGAUAUGAAUUUGUUCUUCAUCUUUUGGCAGUUUUGUAUACAGUAAUGAGAUUAAGAAUUUUUAUUUGAUCAAUUUUUCCAUACCUUCUGUAUGAUCAAAAGACAAUGUGUACAUGGAGUUUAAUGUGAAACUUUUUAUUUUGUUAUUAGUGAUUCAAAAAUCAUAUAUUAAAAUAGUGUUUUUAUUAGGUCAUUCUUAUGCUUUCUGAUUGUGAUGUACAUAAUAAGUCAACUAUAUUGCUCAAACAAAAAUAUUAAAGAAGCAUAAUUAAAACAA